AUCGAAAAUAAAUCUCUUAUCUAUACUUUUCCAGGAUAUUUUCCAUUACAAUCAGAGCAUUGUCUCGUUUGGAUAUGUUUAGAUGUUCUAUUUUGUACAGCUAGUAUCAUGCAUCUAUGUACAAUAUCAAUUGAUCGCUAUUUAUCCCUGCGGUAUCCGAUGCGAUUUGGUCGCAAUAAAACUCGAAAGCGGGUAGUUUUGAAGAUAUUCUUCGUAUGGCUGUUGUCAAUUGCGAUGAGCUUACCGUUAAGCUUAAUGUAUUCAAAGAAUCAUGCAUCUGUUCUUGUCGAUGGAACAUGCCAAAUACCAGAUCCAGUUUAUAAAUUUGUUGGAUCGAUUGUAUGCUUUUACAUUCCAUUGGGCGUAAUGUUGAUAACAUAUACACUAACCGUUCGAUUAUUAGCACAACAAAGGCAAAAUUUAGGUGGUGGAAGUGGCAUAAAAAAUGGAAAACAAUGGACGAGCGGAUGGUUGGGAAUUGCUGCACCACCAUUAGAGAGGAAAAAUACGUGGAAAAGGUUCAUUAAGACGAGCUUACCAUCGACACCAAAUCACGCUCAUUCAGCUGGCUCAACAGACACUGAAUUAUCAACAUUAGAUAUUAAUACUCACGAAUUGUGGUUACCCGAGUCGAGCAUACCAGAACCAACACCAUCCACAAUGACAGCACUACAUCAAUUCGGUGCCGAAAUGCUUAAGCUUUCGAGAGGACUUGAAUCAUUUGCUCCUUUAAGUGAACCAUCAAACAUUAAUGCAGACAUUAUAGAAUCUCGCAAUGUGAUGGAUGAGGAGCCAUGUAUCAGUAAAAUAGAACGAACUCCCAAUGAUCAUCGUGUGAGCAGUAAGACCAAAUUCACUAAAUGCAGCACAAGCAUGAAGACGUGUAGUGAUAGUAAUAAUAAGAAAAAACUUCCGCCAUUAGCAAAAAUUUCAUCAAAACCACAGAAGCGAAGAGCAUCAUUGAGUGUAUUUCAUAGUAAAAAUUCAUCAUUGCGCUUAAGACGAUCAAAUAGCAUACAAACAUUGGAACGUGACGAACGUGGUUUGGAUGAGUAUUUCUUCAAUGAAAUCAAUCAAUUGAAACAUAGCAAAAAGAAGAAGCAAAAGAGAAGUAAUGAAGGUGACACAACGUCAUUGGAAUUAUUACCGCCGCCAUGUACGUGUCCUUAUUUCGGCGAUAAACCAUGUGCUAUGGUUAAACCGAUUGAAGUUAAAAUAAUAACAACAUCCUCGAGCAAUUUUUUCGUACCCGAUAAACAACAUCAUCAUCAACAGCAACAACUACAACAUCAAUUUCAUGAUUCAAAUCAAUUUAUAUCAUCAUUAUCAAGUAAUUCCAUAUCAAAUAACACGACAUCAACUAAUAGUUUGCCGAUGGCACAGAAUGCAAUCAAAAAGGGACGACAGAACAGUUAUAAUACACCAACAAAAUGUAAUUCUGUUGUAACGUGGGAUUCAAGGCGAUAUCAACGACGUGGUUCUAGUAUGAGCGGUUCUGCUCGUACGACGCUUGUGUUAACACCAAAUAAAUCAUCAUUGACAUCUUCAUCACCCCUACGACGAUCUGUUACACUACGACAUAAUACAAACAUCAAUUCAAAUAAUGACAUUAGCAUGCACAAUAUUGCAUCACAAAAAAUACCGUCAUCACCAUGCAUUUUACAAAGGAGCACCACAAUUCGAUCACAUCAUUCACGGAAUUCGAGUGUAAUCUCACGCAAUUCAUCUCGCCACGGGCGAAUCAUUAGAUUGGAACAGAAAGCGACAAAAGUCCUCGGUGUUGUGUUUUUUACAUUUGUUAUAUUGUGGGCACCAUUUUUCGUACUAAAUCUACUCCCAACUGUAUGUCCUGAUUGUGAGGCAAGCAUCAGUCAUGGCGUUUUUGAUUUUGUUACAUGGCUGGGAUACGCAUCGUCAAUGGUCAAUCCAAUUUUUUAUACAAUAUUCAAUAAAGUCUUUCGUCAAGCGUUUAAAAAAGUUUUAUUGUGUCAGUAUAAAAGCAAAGCUAUAUGGAGACCUAUACCAACAAAUCAUCGGUAGCAGUGUUAAACAAAGGAAUUGUACGACAAAUACUCAGCCAAGCAUUAUUGUCACACCACCCAGAAUCGACACAAUUGUGACACGCGACGUUUGAAAGCAACAGCAGUUGAAAUGUUUGAGAAUCAGACGAGGAAAAUCGGAAAAAAAUUUUUUUUCAGUUCUUUCAAUUUCUUUCUUUAUCAUACUUUUCACAAAAAUAACUUUUUUUCAUACAUUUAUAAUAUGUAUUGUGAAAAGCACACAAUAAAAUAUUACAAAUAAUUUUUUAAAAUGACAGAAUGUUGCGGGAGAUAACAAAUGAGAAUUUAUGACAAGCAGACUUUAUGUUUUGUAAAAGUGAGUAGAUAGAUGAUUAUUACAAAGAAUUAGGCAAAUUGUAGCGCAUUUUCCCUUGAGAUUAAACAACACAUCUACACUUAAUUAGCUAAAUUAAUAAUGAUUAUGUCAUUUAACGAGAAUUAUGUGUUGAAAUGAAAACCAUUUAUCUUUAAUAAAAUUUUAAGCAAAUUAACGUCAUUUUGAAUUUUUUUCUGCACUUCGAAAAGUUUUUAAAAGUUUUUACAGCUUUAGAAAUUGAAUAUUUUUAUAUUUUUUUGAAGAGUCUAUAGGAAAAAGUGGCAGAGUAAGAUAGAAACGAAUCGAAAACAUAUUGGAGCAUUUAAUUAGCUAAAAUUUAAAUUUUGUCGCCAUUUUGAAAUAUUCUAAUUUGCAAAGAAUUUUAAGGAACAAAAUAAAUUUUUCCAGUUGAAAUUUUCAAAUAAUAAAUUCCUGUGAAGUUUCACAAUAAAGCCCCAGGUUAUAAAUGGCACAAAAACCAUUCCGACCAAUUCAAUUAUGUUGAACAUUUAUUAAAGAGAAUAUUGUACAUUUC